AUGAAAUGGGUAGAAGAGGCCCUGAGUUGUCCCCCAGAAUGUUCGUGUGCCAAGUGGCAAGUAAACUGCAGAGGAAAAAAAUUGAGGACGUUUCCAACCACAAUUCCUCUGGCUUCCAAAAAACUAAUUCUGGCACAGAACAAUCUCCCCCGUUUACCCCUAGUAACCAUGAGUUAUCUCAAUGAACUGGUCCACCUCGAUUGCAGCCACAAUAUAAUAACAAUGGACUUGGAGUUCAGCUUUCCAGGGUUAGUCAAACUGACAUCUUUGAAUCUCAGCUACAACAAGCUCACCCACAUAACAUCCUUCACUUUUUCACAACUGAGUGAGCUGCUGCUCUUAAAUCUCUCUGGCAAUCCAUUGAUGGUGAAGAUUAUGGAGCAGGCCUUUGAAAAGAACAGUCAUCUGAGAUAUAUAGAUGUGAAUAAUUGUGGCUUGUCUUACCUCAGUGCUGAAACAUUUCAAAAACUGGACAGACUUCGUAUUUUGAAAAUAAAGGAUAAUCCCUGGAAUUGUGACUGCAAAUUCCUAGCAUUCUCCGGGUGGCUAAUACAUACAGAUAUUAAAUUCCCAGAUUUUGAGGAUACCACUUGCACUAAACCAGAAAAAAUGAAGGGUCUUUCUCUCCGCAAGGCAAAAUUUGAGCUCCAUUACCUGUGCCUUGUGCACUUACGUCCACAAGAUUUCAUAUACAUCUGUUUAGUAACCUUUUGUAUUUUCUUGGGAGGAACUCUAGUGGCAUGGCUGGUUGGGUUUUGCACAGUGAUGUAUUACCAUCCUGUAAUGAGACUAUAUGAGGAACCAGAGGAUGAAGAAUACAGAAUGAUUUAA